GUGUUUCCCACACCGCCCUCGGCCCAGCGGCACCUCUUCAUCCCUUGUGCUUUUCUGCACCAGGGAGCUGCUUGGGGCGCUGUGGGUGGAUGGCGGUGGGCAGAGUCACACAGCAUAGGCAGACGUGGUGCUGCCUGUCCUCCCUUUCCCCCGUCCUCCCUCCCCAUCCAUCCUUCCCUUUCUCUGUCCCUCUUUUCCCCUUGUCGUCCUUCUGUUUGUCUCCUACCGUUCCAGGAGUGUCUUUUUAUUUCUUCCUCUUCGUGUUGCUUCCUUGUCAGUUGUCAUUCUUUUGUAUGCUUACCGGCUGGAAUGUUGGUUGUUUGA